GUUUUCGGCGGCAUGCGCCGUCGCGGCGCGUCGACGGCGGCGCGCGGCGCCGCGGUCGGGUUCAUCGGAAUGGGCAUCAUGGGCGCCGCGAUGUCGCGCGCGCUCGCGCGCGCGGGCGCGCGCGUGGUGGCGUGGAAUCGGUCGCGGGACAAGGCGGAGGCGACGCGCGCGGCGUUCGAGCGCGACGACGCCGAGGCGAUGCGCGCGAACGGAGGGGCGAUCGACGUCGUGGACGCCGUGGCGGACGUCGCGGCGCGGUGCGAGGUGACGUUCGCGAUGCUGGCGGAUCCGCGAGCGGCGCUGGAGGUGGCGAGGGCGUACGCGGCGGCGAGCGGGACGCGGGACGGAGACGCGAGGACGUACGUCGAUUGUUCCACCGUCGACGGCGCGUGCGGAGAGGCGACGCGAGAGAUUUUGGGAGAAAACGUGCGGUUCUUAGCCGCGCCGGUGUCUGGGGGGUGGCGCGACGCGGCGAAAGGGGAGCUUUUGUUCCUGGGAGGCGGCGACGCGCGGGCGUACGAAGACGGCGCGCGGUUCAUGGACGUCAUGGGCGCGAAGCGUUGGCUCGUCGGUGACAGCCCGACGCACGCGGCGAGGGCGAAAUUGAUGUUGCAAAUCAUGAUGGGGAACGUCGUCGGCGCGCUCGGGGAGAUGCACGCGCUGAGCGAACGCGCGGGGUUGGACUCGAACGCUAUUUUGGAAAUGCUGUCGCACAGCGCGAUGGGAUCGCCGCUCACGACGGCCAAGGGUAAGCUCAUGGCCGAUCGGAACUUUGCCCCGAAUUUCCAGGUGUAUCUACAACAGAAAGACCUACGUCUAGCGUUGAACUUGGCGGAUGAGCUUGAUUUCGCCGCGCCGAUCACGGCGGCGACGAACGCGCAAUAUCUCAAGGCGAAAUCGCUCGGGCACGCCAACAGCGAUUUCGCCGCCGUCGCCGCGGCGUACACGGGCGAAAAGCCCGAUUCGAGUUGACGCGUGUAAAGCGCGAAAGAAGCCGAAAGCACGCGAUGGACGCGCUGUCGUCGUCACCAUUAAUCCCCACGAGUUGUAUUGCGAACGAUUUGAUUGACGCUC